UCCCACCCGUCGAACGGCCCAAGCCUCUCGAUUCGCUCCCCUUCGUUCUUCCUCCUGCAUUCCCAGAGGAAACUCCUGAAACAAUAAAACAAUAUAUAAAGGAUACAUAUCUCAUGCCUGAGUUGGAUACUGAUGAGUUCUCACCUGAAAAAGUUGGAAGACAGUGGGAAUUUGACUGGUUUGACAGAGCUAAAAUCCUUCCAGAGCCUUCAUUACCACGGACUGUUAUUGUUCCAAAAUGGGAAUUACCUUUCAGACGUCCAAAGAACCCACCAGAAGGAAGAUGGGAGCCAAAGUCAGUAGAGAUAGAUGUAUCCGAACUCACAGCAGGAGCUGAGGAUUUGUCAGCUUUGCCUCAAAUUACUGGACCUGCCAAAGAUUUUGUCAGAGGAAGCAUCAACAACCGACCUUUUCGUCCUGGAGGGUUGGAUGGGUCUUUGGGGAGGACAUUUCCUGUUGACGCUUCCAGUGGAAAAUGGGUGAGAGAGGUGCUUGAUGGCGGUCCUGCCCAAACCAUCCCUCCAGGCUUCAAACAAGGACUCAAUCUUGGUGAUCUCAAGGCACAUUCAUCUUCAUGGAAUGUUUAUGAGGAUCAGAUUGAAGUCAAGAGCAAACCACAAGCCAAACUGAACGAAUUAUCUGUGCAGUUUGAUGACUUAUUUAAGAAAGCCUGGGAAGAAGACAUCACAGAAUAUCUUGAAGAUGGCGAUAUUUCUGAGAUACAAUCCGAAGUAAAAGAAGAAGUUUCUAUCAUAAAACCAGAGUCACUUGAAAUAGAUGCUGAAGUAAACAAGCUGGAAGUUGCUGGGGAAGUUACAGAGACUGAAAAAUCUGUUUUGGAUGAGAUUCUGACUGCUGCAUCUGGAGGUUCAGCUUUAUGGUUGGAAGGAGAAAGAGAGGGUAGUGGACAUGAAAAAACAGAGGCAUGGGCUGUAGCAGGAGGCACCAAGGAGAUUGUAGAACGGUUUGAUGAACUUAUUCCUGAUAUGGCACUAACCUUCCCUUUCCAACUCGAUCCCUUUCAAAAAGAGGCCAUCUACUAUCUCGAAAGGGGGGACUCCGUUUUUGUUGCUGCUCAUACAUCAGCGGGGAAGACAGUUGUUGCGGAAUAUGCAUUUGCUUUGGCAUCCAAACAUUGCACUAGAGCUGUUUACACUGCUCCAAUCAAAACUAUUAGCAACCAGAAGUACAGGGAUUUCUGUGGGAAAUUUGAUGUAGGCCUUCUUACAGGAGAUGUUAGCUUGCGGCCUGAGGCCUCUUGUCUCAUCAUGACUACUGAAAUAUUGAGGUCUAUGCUCUAUAGAGGUGCCGAUAUCAUCCGUGAUAUAGAAUGGGUUAUAUUUGAUGAAGUGCAUUAUGUUAAUGACGCUGAAAGGGGUGUUGUUUGGGAGGAAGUUAUCAUCAUGCUUCCAAGGCACAUAAACUUUGUACUUCUUUCUGCAACGGUACCAAACACAAUUGAAUUUGCUGACUGGAUUGGUCGGACGAAACAAAAGAAAAUUCGUGUUACUGGGACAACUAAAAGACCAGUCCCUCUGGAGCAUUGCCUAUUCUAUUCUGGAGAGCUGUACAAAGUGUGUGAGAAUGAACAGUUUGUGCCGCAGGGAUUUAAAUUAAUUAAAGAUGUAUUUAAGAAGAAAAACACAAGUUAUGCCACUGGUGGCACUGGGUUCUAUGGGUCAUCCUCAGCCGUCAGUGAUAGAUCUCGGAUUCAAGGGCGUGAUAACGUUUCUCAAGCAAAACAACUCAAAGGACCACAAACAUCAGCUAAUGUUGGUUCUGGCCAGGGAAACAAGAAUAAUAUUGUUGGCCAAAAAGUUAUGGGGAAAUGGAGGGAAGAAGCAUCCGUGUGGUUAUCACUCAUUAAUAAACUGUCAAUGAAAUCUCUCCUGCCAGUUGUGAUAUUUUGCUUUUCAAAAACGAGAUGUGACAAGUCUGCUGAUAAUCUUCGUGGGACUGAUCUCACAACUAGCUCCGAAAAAAGUGAAAUCCGCUUAUUCUGUGAUAAAGCUUUUUCACGGCUUAAGGGAUCUGAUAGAAACUUACCACAGAUUGUAAGAAUUCAAAGCCUUUUACGGAGGGGGAUUGGAGUGCAUCAUGCGGGGCUACUACCAAUUGUGAAGGAAGUUGUUGAAAUGCUUUUUUGUCGUGGUGUAGUGAAGGUUCUUUUUUCAACAGAGACAUUUGCAAUGGGAGUUAAUGCCCCAGCUAGGACGGUUGUUUUUGAUCAAUUGAGAAAGUUUGAUGGUAAAGAAUUCAGACAGUUACUUCCUGGAGAGUACACCCAGAUGGCUGGCCGUGCUGGAAGGAGAGGUCUCGAUAAAAUUGGUUCAGUAGUUGUGUUAUGUCGUGAUGAAAUCCAUGAAGAGAGGGAUUUGAAGAAUGUUAUGGUUGGUAGUGCAACAAAGCUUGAAUCUCGGUUUCGACUGACCUACAUUAUGAUCCUACAUCUGCUUCGUGUCGAGGAGCUCAAGGUGGAAGACAUGCUGAAAAGAAGUUUUGCUGAAUUUCAUUCUCAGAAGAAAUUACCAGAGCAGCAACAGCUUCUCAUGCGAAAGCGUGCACUGUCUAAGAAACCUGUUGAGUGCAUAAAGGGUGAACCUGCAAUUGAGGAAUACUUUGAGAAUUACUCAAAGGCUGAUAAGUAUGAUAAACAGAUAACUGAGUCAGUAAUGCAGUCCCCAGCUGCACAAAAGAGUCUUACUCCCGGCCGUGUGGUGGUUGUUAGAUCACAAAAGGGAAAAGACCACUUACUAGGAGUUGUGCUGAAAACUAAAGUUAGCAACAAUCAGAAGCAAUACAUAGUAUUAGUGCUAACUCCAGAGUUACCCCCGGUGAUGAAAAAUCAGAUGGAUACUGGUAAACCCAGCGAUAAAAAAGGUCCCGACUUUCAGAUACUGAUACCUAAAUCAAAGCGUGCAGUAGCGGAUGAAUAUUUUACUUCUGGGACUUCUCGUAAAGGAUCAGGAGUUAUCAGCAUUGAAUUACCUCACCAUGGUAAUGCUGCUGGGGUUAAUUAUGAGGUUAGAGAAGUUGAGAAUAAGGAGUUCCUCUGCAUAUGCAGUGAAAAAUUUGCAAUUGAUCAAGUACGGCUACUUGAAAAUGUUAAUGCUGGAGCUUACUCCCACACCGUCCAACAACUUGUGAGUAAAAAAUCUGGAGGAAAUAAGUACCCUCCUGCCCUAGAUCCGGUCAAAGAUCUUAAAUUGAAUGACCCGGCUCUUGUUCAAGCAUAUUGCGAGUGGAGCAAUCUUUUGCAAGAGAUGUCUCAAAGUAAGUGCCAUGGAUGUGUUAAGUUGGAGGAGCACAUCAAUCUAGCUAGAGAAAUAAAGGGGCACAGGGAAGAACUGGAAAGUUUGGAAUAUGAAAUGUCAGAUGAUGCGCUUCAGCAAAUGCCCGACUUCCUGGGCCGGAUAGAAGUGUUGAAGGAAAUUGGCUGUAUAGAUGCCGAUCUUGUGGUUCAAAUCAAAGGUCGGGUGGCUUGUGAGAUGAAUUCUGGGGAGGAGUUGAUAUGCACUGAAUGCUUGUUUGAUAAUCAAUUGGAUGAUUUGGAGCCAGAAGAAGCAGUAGCAAUCAUGUCUGCCUUUGUGUUUCAGCAGAAAAAGACUCAAGAACCUUUCCUCACACCGAAACUCUCCCAGGCUAAAAAGAGAUUGUACGAUACAGCAAUAAGACUAGGGAAGCUCCAAGAACGCUUAAACCUACAGAUUGAUCCAGAGGACUAUGCAGGAGAAAAUCUAAAGUUUGGCUUGGUUGAAGUAGUAUAUGAGUGGGCAAAGGGCACUCCAUUUGCGGACAUAUGUAAUCUCACAGAUGUUCCUGAAGGGUUGAUCGUAAGGACCAUAAUGAGACUGGAUGAGACAUGUCGAGAAUUUAGAAGUGCCGCCGCCAUUAUGGGAAAUUCUGCACUUCACAAGAAAAUGGAAACCGCUUCUAAUGCUAUAAAGCGUGAUAUUGUCUUUGCGGCUAGCUUGUACAUUACCGGCGUUUAGUACCAAACCCAGGUAGGAUUUUUCAUGGAAUCUUGUGUACCCUAAUGGUUAGGUUCGGUUCAGUUCAGUUCGGGUGAUGCUUACUCAGUCGGCAACUUGGAUCUUGUUGUACUACACUCAGUGCGCAACUAAAUUAUUUAUAGUGGUAUCCAUAUUAUAAAAAUAAAACAUGCCUUCUCAUUAUAAAAAAAUAGAUAUAUUUGGUGAUUGUUCACAAAGGAUAUAGAUAUAUUUUAAGCUUCUAGAUAUCACCUCUAAUAAUUUAGUGGCACACUGAGUAGUACAUUAGAGUGGCACAGGUGAUCCAGAUCCUUAAUGGGGUUCCUCAACCGUUAAAUGGGAGCCUGUCUGAACUUAAGUGAUGUGUAAUCUAACGGUCUAGCACCCACUUUGGUAAUAUAGUAACAUCAAGCCUGUUGACGAUCCAAAUAUUGUACAGGCAUUGCCGGAUCAGAUGAUAAUCUCAGCACAUUUUUGCAUCAGUUUGUAACAAUUUUCCAGCAGUUUUGGUGGCAUUAGUUUAAAUUAGGCCAGAAGGUAAUCUUAACAAUUUGAAUGUAAUACUAGUUUAUAUAUAUAUAAAUAUAUAGCCCAGAGAAUAUUUCAAUGUUGCAAAGUCGGACCCAAACGAUGUUCAAUUGACCCUGUUUUGGGGUGUGGAGCAGUCCACUGGCCUCCAUCCCCAUGGCCCCAUGGAAUGAAGUACCCCUUCCUC